AUGGGAAGAGGCAAUGCAAGAGCAUUUUCGAUUCUCAUAGCUGUCGUCCUUGCUGCCGCCGCCGCAGGAAGCCUUUCUUCUGCGGCGAAUGUCUAUAGUGUUGGUGACGGCGCCGGCUGGACCAUCGCGGCGAACUAUUCCUCCUGGGCUUCAGGAAAGACCUUCCGCAUCGGAGACACUAUCGCAUUCAUCUACAACAAGUCAUUCCACAAUGUGCUGGAAGUGAGCAAGGCGGACUACCGUUCCUGCAACGCGGCGGCCCCAAUCGCCACACACGCUACGGGGAACGACUCCAUUUCCAUCACCCGCUACGGCCACCGCUUCUUCAUCUGCGGAUUUCCCGGCCACUGUGCUGCCGGCCAAAAACUAGACGUCCGCGUGCCCAAGCACCUCUCUGGCGUUCCGCCUUCCCCCUCGUCUGACGGUUCUCAAGCCUCCGGUGGUGGAACAGGAAGCAGCCCCGCCGCUUCGGCUCCUGGGUCGGUGGCGCAUGGGGAAGGUGGGGCUGAGAGCAUCAGGGGAUUUGGUAUGAUGAUAGUUGCUAUAGUCGCUGUUGCUUCGGUGGUGGUUCUACACUGA